ACACUAAUCAUUCAAUCAAUAUGCGCCUUUUUGCACUAAUAUUCUCAAGUUUUCUGUGCUCUUUAAUAUCAGCAGAACAUGUCACUGUGACAUAUCAUUUUUGGGAAAAAAACGAAAAAAUCGUGGAAAAAGUGGAAUGGUUCACGAAAUUUGUGGCGAAUUCGAAUCGAUUUUGGACGAGCAAUUUGGUUUUUCAACAGCAUAAUGAGAAAAUCGAUAGGGUUCAGAUUUCAAGCGAAAGCUGGAAAUCUGCCGUCAUCGAGGAGCCGGUCACCUUCCCGUUGGACACAUUUUUCGUAGAACUCUUCCAAAAAUUCGCCGACAAACUUUACACCAAUCUUGCCUUGGAUAGCCUACCGAUUUUCGACGCCGGAGAAUUGAAAAAAUCGUUAAAAAAUUUUGAAAUUUUCGAAAAAGACGAGACGGAGGAGACUUUUCCAUUCGAUUUUUGGAUGAAAAUUGGCGAAAAUGAGCUGAAAACCAGGAAUCGCGAUCGAUUUGUGCUGUUUACUAGGGCAGAUUCCUUCGAACACUGGGAGGCUAUUUCUCACUUCCUAGAUGCUCUGAAGCGUAGCAAACAGAUUGGUUAUGUGGUGGACUGUAAAAAUGAAAACUCUGGUUGUUGGGCUCACGGAGUCGAUGAGAAUCCGACGCUUUUUUCGUUCAAACUAGAUAAUUUUGACGAUCAUCUCGAGGCAAGAUUCCGUGGAAAAUUCCAGAAGGAUCAGGUUUAUGACUGGAUUUUGACAACCAAGCAACCCGAGGUAAAACUGCUCAACGAGGAGCUGGUGCCGAGCUACCGUAGUGGAAUGGUCCCAGGAUUUGAUCGCGCGCGGGAAACCGUAACAAUUCUGUUUAUUGACACGAAAAAGUCGCAGAUUUGGAGGAAUUACGCGAAAUUUGCGCGGGAAAAUCACGGGCGGUUCCAUUUGACAGCGCUGGUGUCCGAGGAGGUCAAGAAAUGGUCCAUCUACCCUGCCUUCAUCACGAUGAAGCCCUAUGACCCCUUCGUAAAAGCCUUCACACUUCAUAAGGAUCUCAACUGGAAUCGAAUGGUCGACUACUUGGAGGACGGUGUACACCCGGGCUGUCAUCAAUUGUCAAGUCCCUCCGAUUUCCUCUUCGCCACCGGAACCCAGAAGCCUCUGGUCGUAUUUUUCGACCCACUGGACUCUAAAAAUUCUGAAGGAUUCAAAAAAUCUGCUGCCGAGCAGCAAAGCGGCGAUCGAAUUGCUCAUUUUUCGGCUGUAACCGGUUUCGACCUGUUUGGACUGUAUGUGAUGAGCGUUUUUAAUGUGAAUUCCCCGAGCUAUAUUGUCAUUCGGCGACAGGAAAAAGGAUGGUGCAUCCACACAAAACCCGCUGAAAACGACAAUUUCACUGGAAUUCUUUCAUGGGUUCGGAAUUUGGAGCCAGUUCACUGCCAGGAGCUCAUUGAAAACUUCAAGUUCCCAAUUGCUCGUUUGAAUCUGUUGGAGCGGUAUGAUGACGUGGAAGAGCUAGAGAAAGGGUUCACGGCCGUGGAGUGGACUAGGGACGAGCUAUAGGAAUUUUAAAAAAUUGCUCUGUUGUAAUUUGGUAAAAAUAAAUAAUUUAAUUUGUUUUAA